ACCCUCCCUCCUCACUUUCUCUAUCCUCCCUGGAGCAGUAGUAAAUGAUAGUUUGCGCAGGCGGAACAUCGCGCACCCUAAAGAAAAGUCAAGCCAAAUACCGCGAAGGUAAAGGAGCUGCGCAUCUUAGCCUCCCCCCAUCCCAUCGAUCAACCUCGUUUCCUCCCCUCCCAUUCGGUGUACGUGUUGCAUGUGGUAGGGUGUUCGGAUCGAUUCUCCAAUGGCUGCUCCACCUGCAAGGGCUAGAGCUGAUUACGAUUACCUCGUCAAGCUCCUCCUGAUCGGAGAUAGCGGUGUGGGCAAGAGUUGCCUUCUUUUGCGUUUCUCAGAUGGUUCCUUUACAACCAGUUUUAUCACCACCAUUGGCAUUGACUUCAAGAUAAGGACCAUUGAGCUUGAUGGCAAAAGGAUUAAGCUUCAAAUCUGGGAUACCGCUGGUCAGGAACGGUUCCGAACAAUCACCACAGCUUACUAUCGCGGAGCCAUGGGUAUUUUACUGGUGUAUGACGUUACAGAUGAAUCAUCUUUCAACAACAUUCGAAACUGGAUUCGGAACAUUGAACAGCAUGCGUCGGACAAUGUCAACAAGAUACUAGUAGGAAACAAGGCUGACAUGGACGAGAGCAAAAGGGCUGUGCCAACGUCUAAGGGCCAGGCACUUGCUGAUGAAUAUGGCAUUAAAUUCUUUGAAACUAGUGCAAAGACAAAUCUCAACGUUGAACAAGUGUUCUUCUCAAUAGCAAGGGAUAUAAAACAAAGGCUUGCUGACACCGACUCCAGGGCAGAGCCUCAGACGAUCAGAAUCAAUCAACCAGACACGGGAGCUGGGGCUGGUCAAGUUGCGCAAAAAUCGGCUUGCUGUGGUUCUUAAAGGAGCGAGAUAGGAAUCAUGGCACAAUUUGGACGCUACUCUUUGGAGAAGAGACAGAAGACACCAAUUGUGAUGACCACCGUGAUGGGUGGUUGUAAUUUUUCUAAAUGUCAAUUCUUUCUAAACUUGGUUGCUGUGUGUGAAAGAUACGACCUUAUUACUGCAGAAAAUUUUCCUUUUCUUUUGUUUAUGUUAAGGUUGCCGAUACUUUCUUUUAUUUUUCCCAACUACUUUAACUCUUUUGCUUGGAAUGUGACCAUACAUGUUUACAUUA